AUGUUGAUAAAAUUCUUAAAUUUUUUCAUAAAGAAAAAUAAUUAUUUUCAAUUAAAAAAUUACACUUUCAAAUUUGAAAACAAAAGAAAUUAUGAUUCACGACUUUUCAGAAAAAGCGUUAGGAAAUUACUUUAUUUUUUUUAUAAAGAAGUUCAUCCAGAUUUAACCAGCAAUUUACCUGAUGAUUUGAAAAAAGUAAAUAAUGAAUCAUUAAGUGUUUUAAAUUCAUAUAUUGAUAUUUUAAGUUCAUCAAAAAAAAAUGAGAAUAACAUAUUUUUAGAAAAAAGUUUAGUAUUUUUUAAGGUUUUUGAGAAUUCUGAAAAUAAAAUAAUUAAAGGAAGAUAUAAAAAUAUUAUAAUUAAAUUGCCAACAAUAUCGAAUAAUUUAUCUUUUGAUGAAAAAGAAAAAAUUACUGCAAAAUUAAUUUAUGAUAUUAAAAAUUCUUUAGAAAAAACAAAAAGAAAAAACAUCUUUAAUGAUGAUAUUGAAGAAAUUGAAAUUACUGACAACAUUCUUAGUACAAAAGAAACUAAAAAAAGAGGUGAUAUUAAUAAUAUUUGGGAAGAUUUAACAAAUCAUGUAAAAGAUACCGAAGCAUUAUAUCAACCGUGUGAAGAAGAGAUAGAAUUAAAAAAAAAAAAAAAGAGUUAUUUUUAUUAUAUAAAAAAAAAAUUGGAAUUAAAAUUUCAGAAAAUAAAUCAUAAAAAAAGAAGAAAAAAAAAAUUACAAAAAAUUAAUGAAAUUGCGAGUAAAAUAGUUCAAGAAAAAUUUCCCUAUAAUAAUAAAAACAAUUAUGAUCAGAUACUAAUCAAUCAAAGUUAUCAAAUUAUUCAAAAUGGAUUUAAUCCCAAUUUAAUCUUUUUCCACAAAGAUAUAAAUGAAAAAGAAAAAAGAAUAGGAAUAGAAAAUUUAUGUGGAAUGCAUUUAAAAGAUGAUGCAGAUAAAUGGUUAUUAGAAAAUUGUCUUAAAUUAUUGAAAAAUCAUAAAACACCUAUUCCAUUAGUUGUCUACUCUGAAAAAAAAAUUCAAUUAUCAUUAACAUAUGGAUUCAUAUAUAUUCCUUAUGAAUUUUGUUUAAAUGAUUUAUUUACGUUCUUAGAAGAUAAUAUUGAUAAAGCAAGGAAUAUUAGAAAAAAGGUAUUAGAAAGCUUUGAAUUAUGA